AUGAAUGAAAUUUUGGUUUUCGCUGAAGUGUGGCCGGAUCCGGUUGAUGAUGGCCGGGAAAAUUAUCCGAAACCAACUACAUGGUCAAACAAACAUUACGGACAAUGGUGUCGUAAUCGAACUGUAAGCAGGUAUGUUCAAUGUCCGAUGGGUUCAGUGCUUCAUUGUUAUUCUUGCUGCGGUGAGAUGGGCACCGAAUGUUGCUUCCGAUUGCAUCCUACCUUUACUGCCUAUUUACUUUCCAUAGCAUUUAUUAUUGUUGUUUCUCUAAUAUUUUAUCUUUUACUAAAAUUUAAUUUAAUUUGUCCAACAGAAACUGUUAUAGAUAAUAGUGAGGGUGAAGAAUAA